AUGUGGCUGGCUUCUGCGUCUCUCUCCCCCCCCCCCUGUCUUUCUCUGGCUUGCUCCUGCGUCUCUCUCUCUUUCUCCUUGCUUUCCUUCUCUCUCAACAUAUCUUUUGAUUGACUAAAGCCCCUAAAGAGAUCAACCCAGUAAUAUUGCUUCCAAAACCAUGAUCUUCUUUUAGGAGAGAGAAAGUUCUUCAUAAUAUCUGCUGAUUAUCAUUUGUUUUUGGAGUUUGGUUGUUUCAAAUGGGGAUGAAGAAGAAUCAGGCUGAUGGGUUUGGCCUAUGCUACCAAGUGCCCACCUUCACUGAAUGGCUCAAACCCUCUGGGGUGGAGUCUCAGGCCAUCUCAACCGUCCAUUCUUCGUCAUCUUCUUCUUCAUAUGAUUUUCACUGCCUGCAAAUUCCUCUCUCUUACCAGUACCAGCAAGAGAAGAAGAUGAAGUGUUUGCCAUUGAUCAGUGAAUUUCCCGAAAGCAGGUCUGUGAAAGAAGAGGUGGUUGAUGCGGUUUUAGAGAGGGAGAGAUUUGACUUUGGGAAGGAAGAGAGAGAUAAGGUGACUGUGGCUUUACAAAUUGGUCUUCCAAAUUCUGGACCAUCUAGUAGUUCUCUUACAGAUUUGAAGGAUGAAUUUUCUAAGGAAAAAAAGGGAGUUGACAGGGAAGAGAGAGAAGUGUUGAUCUCAGAAGGAAAGUUUUGGAUCCCCACACCAGCACAGAUCCUUAUUGGGCCUACUCAGUUCUCUUGCUCAGUUUGCAACAAGACUUUCAAUAGAUACAACAAUAUGCAGAUGCACAUGUGGGGCCACGGCUCCCAGUACCGCAAGGGACCAGACUCCCUGCGUGGCUCCCAGCCAUCCGCGGCCACCCUUCGGCUCCCCUGCUUCUGCUGCUUCCCCAAUUGCAAGAAUAACAUCUCCCACCCCCGUGCCCGCCCCCUCAAAGACUUCCGCACUCUCCAAACUCACUUCCGCCGCAAACACGCCGCCAAGAAGCCCCAUGCAUGCCGAAAGUGUUCCAAACCAUUUGCAGUCCGCGGCGACUGGCGCACACAUGAGAAGAACUGCGGCCGCCUCUGGUUCUGCGUUUGCGGUUCGGAUUUUAAGCAUAAGAGGUCUCUCAAGGACCAUGUUAGGGCCUUUGGGAAGGGGCACAGGGCCACACAUUUGUCUGGGAUCAUGUCUUCUCAGAAGGGGGAAGAGGAGGAGGAGGAGGAGGAAGUGGUUUCCUCCAUUGUAUUUGCUGGUGCUGAAUAGCUCCAGCGGGGAAAAUGACCGAAAUGCCUUUCGGUUUUUAUUUUUUUUUGUGUCUGACCGAGUUGCCCCCUAUUUGUUUUGGAAAUUACUGAAACACCCGACCUCCGUCUUCUAAUGGGUCUAGUUCUUACACCUGUUUUUCUAGUGGCGACACCCAUCAACACAAUGCAGACCUAGAUCGACGGUUUGUAUUGUAAAAAUUGGUGUUUUUACUAAAAAAAAAUUGAUGUAAAAACUAAACUCAUUUUUAAUAGGAUUUCAUUUUUCUCCCCUUAUUUGAAAUUUCAAAAAACUAGAUUUUUUUUUUUUUGUGUUCGGUCACUUGGAAGGGUGGAAAAUGGUUUUGAAAGGGUCCCAAACCUCUUACAAAGGAGAACCGAAAGGUCAUGAGGGUAAAAAUGAAACCUUGUUACUUUUUAGGUCACUUUUAGGGGUUUGUGUCUCCUUUCAAGGCCUCCCUUUCACUUUCCCAUGGAAAAAUAAAUGUAUUUGGAUACUACAAAUGCGGGUCGUUUGAAGGAAGCCGGGUGUUUCGGUCAUUUCUUAAAAGAUCGAGGUGUGGCGAGCUCUAUGAAGGAAGGGGGUAUUACGGUCAUUUUCCACCUGUAUGGCGUUAGUAGGGAUAUAUUAGUGUAGCAUUUGCUCGGUUCAGUAGCCUGAGAAAUAAGAGAGAGAUUGUAGCUGAAGGAGUGAAGCAAGAAGCUUGAAACUCUAUGAUCUUUGUAAUUAGGGUUUAGGGUUUGUAAUUAGGGUUUAGGGUUGAGUGAUGAUGCAGAUUAAGAUCAAAUAGAUGGAUUCAGUAUUUUUUACGCGUCGCUCAAAUAAGGCUGUGAAGUAGCUGAAUUUUCUUCUUAGCACUGUCCAAGACGACUUGAACAGUUGUUCGUAGUGAAGUUGAGUUGGGAAGAUGUGGAGCUACUAAGAGCUUCACAUCCUUUGUCUUGUUCUGUAUUUGGUGAAGGAAAUUCGCCCACUUCAUGGACUUAUUAUGGGCUUUAAGUAACCACUCAAGAUGAUUUUAUGUUCGACUGCUC